AUGGAGCGGCGCGCGUCGUACGUGCUAUUGGUCGUCGCCCUGUUCAUCCUGUCGUGCUCGUUCAUGACCGUGGCCUGGUACGGCCACCUCAAGUUCGCCAGUUGGCCGACGCAUAAGGCCAUUCUGCUCUCGUGGGCGGUGGCGCUCGCAGAGUACGCGUUCAUGGUCCCCGCGAACAGGAUAGGCCACGCAAGGUGUGGCAUGUCCGCGGCGGACCUGAGGGCGCUCGCGGAGGUGUGCAUCCUCGGGGCGUUCAUGGCGUUCAGCGUCCUGGUCCUUCGGGAGCCGCUGCGGGUCAAUCACGCCAUCGGGUUCGCCGUCGUGUUAAUCGGCGUCUGCGUGGUGCUCAAGGGACCGUUCGAGCACGUCCUGGUGGACCUGGGCGACGUAGGGGACGUGAGGCGGGAGAAGGCGGUUGAUCCGACGGCGCCGGGAGCAGGGGCCGCGAGCGCGGUGUGA